UUUAGCAAAUUUGCUGUUCAAGACAGAGAAGUUACCAGAGCUUCACACACCUGCUGAGAACAUGAAGAUGAGUCGUGUGUUUCUGGUUCUGGGCUUUGUCCUGAUUAUGGCGCUCUACUCAGAUGCUAUGCCUCUCGCAUUAGAACAUAUCUCAAAGCCUGAGAGCUGCUGUUUCGAUUUCUUCUCUGGCAAAAUUCCAAAAAUCAAAAUUCAGAAGGAAGUAAAGACAGGACCAAACUGUGCACAGCGAGGUGUAAUUGUUACUACUCCUAAACACGACAGACUGUGUGUUCGUCCCUGAAAAAGGACAAGCUAAACCGUGCUGCAAUUGCUACAGUUGCGAUUCAACAUACACACACACACACACACGUACACACACACAAAUGCUAGAAUUGAGAUGCAAAUGCAACUCACUUACAAACACACACACACACACACACUUGCUUCAUAAUGUUUAAACUUAAGCCAUUUAUUCACCAUUUAUUAUGAUGCUUAAUAAUGUAACUGUUGCUUAAUUCAAAUAAAAUUAUA